AUGUCGACUCCGUUCAAAGUAGUUGCUACUUUCCCGUAUACCUCUGAAUACGAAGAUGAUUUGAAUUUCGAUAAGGAUCAAACCAUCACUGUCACAGCCAUUGAAGAUGAUGAAUGGUAUUCUGGGGAAUAUUUAGGUCCUGAUGGAGUUAUGAGGGUAGGUAUCUUUCCAAGGAGUUUUGUUGCUGCAGCUCCAACCACAGUAGAGCCUAAACUAGCUCCUACACCAGCUGCACCUGUAGCUGUUCAAGAGCCUGUAGCCACUACAAUUCCUGAUGUUGUUGCUUCAACUCCAGCUGCUCCAAUUGCUCAAGAACCAAUUGCUACUGCUUCGAUAGUUCAAGAACCUGCUAUUACUGCUGCUCAAACUGCUGCUCCAGUAGCUCAGGAACCUACUGUUAUUCCUACUCCUUCUGCUGCUCCAAUGGUUCAGGAACCUAUCCAUAUGCCGACCCCUAUUACCCAUGAAACUUCUCAAACUAUCAAAGAAUCGUUAACUACUUCCAUAGUAGCCCCUAUUAAGUCCAAUAUCUCAACUAAAGAAGAUGAUGACGACGACGAUUUUGAAGAUGCUCAUGAAACCCCAUUGGAGGAACAGCCACCAAAAUUUCCUGAAACUAUUUCAACUACCACUUCUCCACAGAUUCCUGCCGCCACUCCAAUAACUCAACCAACUUCUACACAAGUGCCGGCUACUUCUGAAUCACAUACUACACAUCAAUCUGCUCCAGCUAUUCCAGUAGGUACUCCUACAGUAACUCAACAAAAAAUGGAGCAAAAGACUUUUGAACCAUCAAAAUUAAAGGAAAGAUUAACAAUGUUUAAUCAAGAUUUGAUGGAUUCCAACACAAGAACAUCAAGUAACAAUUCUACUGUUGAACCUAAAAAAAUUAAUAUACCAGAGGCUAUCAAUCUCUCAGGUGAUUCUAAGAAAUCCAAGGACGUUAAACAUUCUACCAUGAAACAAGAUGAAGCAAAUUUACCAAAGACAAGCUUGAAAGAUAGAAUUGCUUUAUUACAAGAACAACAAAGAAUCCAGGCCGAAAAACAAAAGGCUCAAGAUGAAGCGGAAGCUGCCAAGAAAAAUGCAGAAAUUAAAGCAGGCCAAGAACAAAGAUUAGCUGAAGCCAAUGAACCAUCUUCUGAGGAUUCAGAAGAUGAUUUAGAAGAAAUUAAGGAAGUUACACAACAAGAGAAUGUACAAUCUGCACCAAGCAUUCCAAAAGUACCAACUACUGAUUUACAACAAGAAAGAGCGGGAUCAACCGCUAUUUCUCUAGAACCAUCUGAUGAUUUAAUGAAACCUGUGGAGAAAUCUACUUCUAAUGAUUUAUUAGCUGCUGCUGAAAGAGCAGCUAAUAUCCCAACAAUUCCUCAAGGCUUACCAGCUGGCACACUGCCAAUGAUGGGUGCUCCAAUGCCAGCUUCAUCCACUCAAAAAGAUGAUGACUCUAGCUCUGAAGGAAGUUACAGUAGUAGCGGUGACGAUGAAGAAGAAGAAGAAGAUGAAGAAGAUGAAGAGGAGGCAAAACGUGCUGCUCUUAUUGCCAGAAUUGCUAAAAUGUCUAGUGCUGGUAGGUUUGGUGGCGCUGGUGGCGCAGUCGGAUUUAAUCCAUUUGGUAUGGCUGCUCCAGUCUCUGAACCAUCAAAGAAAAAGAAGAAGAAGAAGCAUCAUCACCAUCAUCACCAUAAAGAAGAACCCUCUGCAGACCCAGCAAGAGAUACAGGGGCACAGACAAUUCCUACGGAAACUGAAGCCCCACCAUCUUCUACAAAUGUUGAUUUAGAACAACCUCAAGAAGAUUUACAGAUCCAACCUAACGCCCCUAUUUCUAACUCUAUGGAGGAGCAAAAUUCGAAUGCCGCUCAAACUCCAAUAGAUUCGGAAAAACUUCUAGUAUCUGAACCAAAUGUUAAAAAACAGGUAUCAAGAGAAGCUCCACAAAUUCCUGAAGUUCCAUCGGCAGCAAACCCUCUUGAAAAUCCCAUAGAAAAUGAUAAUGUUCAAUCCAAUGAGAAAAGAGAAGAACCACAAGCUCCUCCUCCAGUUCCUACUGAAGCACCUCAUAUUCCAGCUAUCCCAUCAAUUCCAGAGGGUCCCAAAGAGUCGGCUCCCAAACCAGCUUCGAAUGUACCAGAAUUGAAAGCUCGUAAAACUGUUGCUGAUACAGAAGGAUUAUCACCAAUUUCGAGUCGUGCUCCCCCAGUUCCAACUUUACAAAACCGCCAAACUAUGCCUGCAAUUCCUUCAGCCACUUCUGCACCACCAUUACCUCCUUCUGUAUCUUCAAUACCACCAAUCCCAAGUGCUUCAGAAAUUCCUUCUACAUCAUCUAGGGAACCACAACUUCCUCCCCAGGUAUCUCCGGAUCAUCAUAAGAUAUCAUUAGAUCCAAGAUCCUCUGCUAGUCCUGUUGAUCAUCAUGCCUAUCAUCAAUUGGCUUCUACUGGUAGUAAUCCAUUUAAUAGUGAUGAUCUUUCGGAAGAAACUUCACCUCUUAAAUCUCAUGAACACCACCCUCAUCAUCCACAAACACAUAUGCCUUCAAUCCCUGUUCCCCCAGUUCCAACAGCUGCCCCAUUAUCAGAUAUCAGAAGUAAUGAGUCCACAGCUUCACAGGAUGGAUCAUUAAAUAUUAGGACUACAUUAUCAAAUACAUCAACAGAUCAACCACCACCAAUUCCUCAAAUGGCAUCCCCUACACGUAAGGCCCCAAAUAUGCCACCAGUACCUACUGUUUCAACUCCAGCUCCUUCAGGAUUAAAUGCUCCACCGUUACCAGGUCAUGGUCCACCACCUGGCGGACAUGCACCAAGAAGUGGCGCACCACCUCCACCACCGCACUCACGCCACUCCCGUAAGGGUGCACCUCCGCCUCCUCCUGCUGGUGCUCCAAUACCAGGUAAUGCAGUUCCUCCAGUUCCGGGUGUGCUACCAUCUCUACCAGCUCCAACACAACCUCCAAAAGUACCUUCUGCAGCUCCUCCAAAGUCUGCGUCCUCACCAACUCCAAGAGCCUUACCUACACCUCCAUCAGUUCCAGCAGUACCUGUUCCAGGAAAUGCCCCAGCACCUCCGUUCCCCGUUGUACCAUCUGCAGCACAAGUUCCAGCUUCACAUCCUAUUCCGCAUCCUUCUUUAGAAUUAAGGAGGGCAUCAACUACAAAGGAUGGUGUAGAUCUAACUCACCAAGCUCACAUUGAAGUUGAUCCAAAUGCUACUUGGUGGCUAAAUAAACAGCCACCACCAGAUUCUCAAAUUUCUAAAUUCAAACAUUUACUUGAGAUUGAUGAUCAUGUAAUUAAUAAAAGAUUAAAUGAAAAAGCUGUCAUGCGAGAUUAUUAUUUCUUGUUUGAAGAUUAUUCACAAUUACAUCUCAUGAUAACAUUUAAUACUAAGGAUCCUUCAGGCACAUUAAGAACAUCUCAAUCAUAUAUUCAAAAUAGUUUUAAGCCAGAUGCUUUAAUUAAGUACUCUGAAAAAUAUGGUAAACUAAUUACUGAGAAGACUCGUGAAAUGAUAGGCCAGCCAUCAACUGAAGCAACUAUUGUUGGUACUAUUUACUCUCAAAUAGACGGUAAUAUGAUAGCUCCAAUUGCUAACAGAACUUUUGGGGUUCCAUUAUUUAGUUACAAAGCUGGAAGCGAUGCUACACCUGAUGAAGAAUCUUUAAAGAAAAUCAGGAGUGGUGAUAUCUUAGUGGUAAGAAAGGGUAAAUUUGAAGUACACAAAAAACUUGCUAAGAAUGAUAUCGUGUCAAUUGGUGACGGUAGCCAACCAUACGUUGCCAUUGUCACUGAGUAUGAUUUUAACAAGGGCAAAUUCCGCGUAGUUGAAGAACAAAAUGGUAAAAUUGUACAAGAAAGUUAUAAGCUAAACAGCAUGCGCGGUGGUAAACUAAAAGUAUUCAGAGUUGUCGGGAAAGGUUACGUUGGUUGGAAAUGA